GACAGGUGAGGUAUACCUACGUACCUGUGGCUGGUGACUGAAGAUGAAGAAAGAAGGAAACCUCUAACUUGGGGGAUGGGGGAGAAGCCCAGGCAGGGGCAAUGUUUCCAGGCCAAGUGUGGAAGAAACUGGGGAAGCCAUUGACCCUCUUGUGCUGUACCUCCACCCUCAUAGGGUUCAUUCUGUUGGGUCUGCAGCCGGACAUCAAACCUGCUGCUUAUUUCUUCCUCUCCUUAGGUGGACUUCUUCUCCUUAUCUGCCUCCUUUUUCACUUCAAGGAAUGGAGGCUCCAGGCAAUGCCAACAGAUACCUCUGGGGCCUUGAGCGCAGCACGGGACAAUGCAGCCUUCGAAGUACCAAGCUAUGAAGAAGCUGUGGUAUCAACUCAGGGCCCCAACUCAGAUUUGGGUGAGCCCCCACCAUACAGCACUGUGAUCCCUUUACCGCUUCAGGAAGAGGAACCUAACCGUUUGGCAGCACUACCAGGAGCUCUCAGGCGGGGAAGGUCAGAAGGUACAAUGACCCAGAGAGAAGGCUCUUUGGGCACCCCAAUCGAUCUCCGGCUUCAGGGACACCUAACAGAGUCUGAAACACCCCCACAGCAAAGCCUGCCAUGUUUGGAGCCUCUUACCCCACCCCCAGCAUAUGAGAUCACUCUUAGUAACCAUGAUAUCAAUGAUGACAAUGUUUUGGGUGAUGACAGUGUAUUCUGUGAGGAGGGCUGGACGCCUCCCUAAACCUGUGUUCCCUGGACAUAUGAAAUUUCCCCAUCAGUGAUUUUCUUUACCUGGAUAACCUGAGCAGGGACUGGUACCUGGCAAGAGGAAGAGGCCAUCAAGGGUACAUUCCUCUUCUCAAAGACAUGAUAUGACUGGCACCUCUAUUUUGUCUCCAUGCUUUGUGCCCACAGUGCCAGGGUCCAAAUGGCCUCUCCCCGUCCUCAGCCCUUAACCAACAUUCCCCUACCAAAAACUGGAUGAUGGGAGUGGACUGGUAAAACCACAGGGAAGGGGAAGUGGGACUGCUCUAUACCCUCCUUACCAUCCUCUAAUUUCACAAGGACAGGGAGGAACUGGAUUGAAAAUCCAACUCUUAUCACUGGUUGUGGCCUUGGACAAAUCACCUAAUAAUCAAAAAUCGGAGUUGGA